AUGGCGAUGAUCGAAAAGCCCGCGAUUCCCAAAGGCUCGACAAUUCUGGUGACUGGUGUGAACGGCUACAUAGGCUCACACGUAGCCGAUCAAUUCCUACAACUGGGCUUCCGGGUCCGAGGUACGGUGCGGGAUACCAAGAAAAAUGAAUGGAUGACCGAGUUGUUUGAGAAAACGUACGGGGCCGACCGAUUCGAGCUCGUCGCCGUACCGGACAUAGCUUUAGAAGGAGCCUUUCUCUCUGCUGUGAAGGGAGUCUCUGCCGUCAUCCACGUAGCGUCAAACGUGACGCUUGAUCCUGACACCAGCAAGGUUUUUCCGACCGCGGUCGAUGGAGCGUUGAGCGCACUGAAGGCAGCCAAUAGCGAAGGCACGGUGAAGCGAUUCGUCCUCACAUCCUCGUCGUUUGCGGCAUCUAUGUCGAACACCAGCGAGCAGACUGUGACGAAAGAUUCUUGGAACGAGAGCUCCAUCCGCACUCUGCAAGCGGAUCCUCCAUAUCCCCCAGAGCGAGGCGUACAGGUUUAUGCAGCAAGCAAAGCUUUGUCGGAACGCGCGGUGUGGAGAUUUUGCCAUGAGGACGCCACCAAGAGGCCGGACUUGGUCGUGAAUGCAGUUUUGCCGAGCGCAAACUUCGGAAAGAUCCUUGGCUUGGAUCAUCAGGGACACGCAUCUACAGCGGGCUUCAUCAAAGGCUUGUGGUAUGGGACACGCCUUGAAUGGCUUGCUUGCAUCCCACCACAUUACUUCAUCGAUGUGCAGGAUGCCGCGCGCCUCCACGUCGCAGCAACCCUUCACCCGGCCGUUGCUGACGAGAGGAUUUUUGGCUAUGCAGAGCCGUACAACUACGACACUCUCCUGAAUAUCCUCCGAAAGCAGAACCCGGGGAGGGAUUUCAUUGAAAACUUCCAAAGCGGACGCGACUCGUCUGUCGUCGACGAGCCUCGAGCUCGGACGGAGGAGCUGCUGCGAGAGCUGGGCAGACCGGGGUUUACGUCGUUGGAGGAGAGCAUCCGUGCGAACUCCGAGGGGCUGGGCUAG